UAUUAUUACAUAUACCAUUUUUAUUUUAAAAUGAAAGUUUAUUCAGCAUAAAUUAUUAAAAAAUGAGCGUGUGACGUCAACAAAUGGUACCAGUUUUCCAUCUAAUGUCUUAUUGUGAAGAGAUGGGAUCCCACCUUCUUUGUUUCCGGGGUUUAAAGCUCUGUACAUCGCAAAGAAACCGGGUAGUUGUUGUGACAGUGUGGAGAAUAAUAGUGUGGAGUGCCGGAGGAGCAGUUACUUGGUAUAACUCUUACUACAAAUACAACUAUGGAAGUUGUACUGGACUCUGGAAGACUAAGAAAACUCAAGAGCCUUUUGUUGACAUACCUCUUCGCAGUGAACGCAGCAGCAGACUGUGUUCGUCCACCAUCAGUACCAGACGAUAUAGACUUAUCAGAAGAAUCUAUGUUGGUGGAUCAAUACACUGAAGGAGUUCAACUCAGUCUGAUAUGUGUCAGUGGUUUUAUCAGGGAAAGUGGCACUGGCAUUACAACAUGUAAAAAUGGAGAAUGGACACCAUCAGAUCUGACCUGCAAGAGAAAGGACUGUGGCCCCCCAGAUCCUCAGCCCCACAUGACGUUUGAUCUAAGUCAAGGUACCCUGUUUGGUGCCACCAUACGAGCUUUUUGUGAUAAAGGGUAUUCACUUUUUGGUGUUGCUCACAUACAUUGCUAUGAUUUAGGGUGGUUUGGAAGAGCAACGUGUAAUGUUGUUGUCUGUAAAUCUCCUCCUGAAGUGGCCAACAGUGUGAGGUCUUGGAAUGGUGGAGACAUUCCCAAAUAUGGGGAAAUCAUACAUUACAGCUGUGAAGAAGGUUACGCCCUCAUUGGGAAUUCCAUCAUUACCUGUGAUGAACAUGGUGGUUACACACCCAGACCUCCUAUAUGCGAAACAAUCCCAACUGAAGCUAAAAUUCCAACGACAAUGACAUCAUCAAUACCCAGUACAUCAAAAGCAGAAACCACUUCUACAGUUUCAUCUACCACAUCUCAUAGAAACAAAUUUGCUACAACCCAAGCAGCUUCAACCGUCUCAUUGUCACAAGAAGCUGACAGUGGCUCUUGGAAAGCCUUUGAAGAAACUGUUACAUCAUCUACAUCUUCAUUCCGAGUGUCUGCACCACUCAUAAUCAGCCUGGGAGCGGUUUCUUUAGUUACUAUCUUAUUGAUGGUCUUUUUAUACAUUCUUCAUCAAAAGAAGAAAGGUCUCCUAACUAGCAAAGGGGAAUCAAGGUAUAUUCCCUUCCGGACUGAUGAGGAAUGAGGGACGUCAACAGGAAAUCCUUUGUUAGACCCAACGUUUCAGGCUCAAAAGAAAUCGGAUAUGACAAAUCCGGAUGGAAAGAGAUUUUUUUGUUGUUGUUUCUGAUUCAAUCCGUUAAGUUUAAUUGCAUCGUAAAGGAUCUGAUCUCUUAACAAAUAGAUUUUUGUUUAAUUCAAUGUUUCAUUAUCGUACAAUCAUAAUUAAAGUACACACACUAAGAGCUGCACUUACUAACUAACAUGUAACUCUGGGACGAGGGAAAACAUAAUUUGGUGAGCAAACACCUAACAAUCAAAGAAAUGAAACAUAACUCAAUGUUUCUCACAUUAUUUCCUUAUUCAAUCACACCAUAUAGCUCAUAUGACACUGGAGAGGACCUGAAGCCGGAAUUAUUACAGUUCCAAAACCUUUAGAUUGCCCUCCUCACUCAGGUAUCUGUCUGUUAUGUGUACUCUUCACCAUCAGAAUACUUUAUAUUUUCUCCUUUUUUUUCUUUUUUUUGUUUUACAAAGUUUGCCUAUAUUAGAGAGCUUCAUGUAGUGAUCUUGUUCUUUUAGUGACAAAAAACAGUUUUAUUGUGAGAAGGAAUCUAAACAUUUUUUUGGUUUUAUUUCUUGUCAACAGGAACUUUCCAGUGCAUGUGGAACCAAUCUUAUAGAGUCAGCAAGAGGACGUGAUGCUACAAACAGAUGAUUUAUGUGGAAAAAAAAAACCAAGAGGACUCAUUUUUAUUUGCACUAAAAAAAAGCAGAUCAUCUUAUCUGCAGUGUAUUUUUAAUACUUCAAGACAACAUUUCAGAGCUUGUCAAUUAAAAUACAUUUUUCUCCUUGCUUUUAAAUAAAAAUGAAUAUUUUAUUUUACUUAAGUAUAUUUUUUACCAUUUAUUUAUGUAUUAAACUUUUGUCAACACUA